UGUAAUUCCGCAUUUUAGUUGCCAUUGUUGAACUCAGCAUGGAGUGCAAAUUGUUGUACAACAAAGUCGUCACAGUCGCCACAGUUUUUGACAACUAUUCCAUUUUACCUUUGUUUGGCAUUCAUGCUUUUUCACAUUACAACUUUUAUUUUCCAAACUAGCUUCGCUUUGUUUUUGAACAGCAUCGUUUUUCAUCUUUAAAAGUAUUAAAGUUGGCGAAUUAUUAGUACAAACGAAUUUUUCUUACCUAAACAUGGAUGAAACUAAAUGGUAAGGACCCAAGGGAUGACCGAAUGGGAAGCCUGAGCUCAUCGGCAGGUGGUCUAAUUUCUAAUUGAGCUGGCCACGCAAGCCUAAUUACAUAAUUGGGCAAUCGCACCGAUUGAGCCAUCACCAAAAUGCUACUUAAGUGAGGAGAACCCAAAAUUAAAGCCGACAAUUCAAGGAACCAUGCCAGAGGUCAGAGUGGACAGUCUGGAGUUUUUCAAGAGCCAUUGGACCGCCUGGCGAUAUCUGGGCGUGGCUCAUCUGCAGGUCGAGAACUGGAGAAACCUAUACGUCUUUUACAGCAUCCUGUCGAAUCUGCUCGUGACCCUGUGCUACCCCGUUCACCUGGGAAUGUCGCUCUUUCGCAAUCGCACCCUCACCGAGGACAUCCUCAACCUGACCACCUUUGCCACCUGUACAGCUUGCUCGGUAAAGUGCCUGCUCUACGCCUACAACAUCCAGGAAGUGCUGGAGAUGGAGCGUCUGCUGAGGCUCUUGGAUGAGCGUGUCGCCGGUCCGGUGCAGCGUGGCAUCUAUGGACAGGUGAGGGUGCAGCUGCGGAAUGUGCUGUACAUCUUCAUCGGCAUCUACAUGCCGUGCGCCCUGUUCGCCGAGCUGUCCUUUCUGUUCAAGGAGGAGCGCGGUCUGAUGUACCCCGCCUGGUUUCCCUUCGACUGGCUGCACUCUGCGAGGAACUACUAUAUAGCGAAUGCCUAUCAGAUAGUGGGCAUCUCGUUCCAGCUGCUCCAGAACUAUGUGAGCGACUGCUUUCCGGCGGUGGUGCUGUGCCUGAUCUCAUCCCACAUCAAAAUGCUGUACAAGAGAUUCGAGGAGGUGGGUCUGGAUCCAGCCAGAUGUGCGGAGCAGGACCUGGAGGCCUGCAUCACCGAUCACAAGCAUAUUCUAGAGUGGGUAGCCUCAUUGUAACGCAUUCUUUUUAUAUUCACUGCUCUAUUUUUUGCCAGGCUUUUCCGCCGUGUUGAGGCCUUCAUUUCGCUGCCCAUGCUGAUUCAGUUCACAGUGACCGCCUUGAAUGUGUGCAUCGGCAUAGCCGCCUUGGUUUUCUUCGUCAGCGAACCCAUGUCGCGAAUGUACUUCAUCUUCUACUCCCUGGCCAUGCCGCUGCAGAUCUUCCCGUCCUGCUAUUUCGGCACCGACAACGAGUACUGGUUCGGACGGCUCCACUACGCGGCCUUCAGUUGCAAUUGGCACACGCAGAGCAGGAGCUUCAAGCGCAAAAUGAUGCUGUUCGUUGAGCAAUCGCUAAAGAAGAGCACCGCGGUGGCCGGCGGAAUGAUGAGAAUCCAUCUGGACACGUUCUUCUCCACCCUCAAGGGGGCCUACUCCCUGUUCACCAUCAUUAUUCGCAUGAGGAAGUAAUAGUCCAGUCCACUUUGUGAAAUGCUUUCGAAUAAAACCUAAUGGUAUUAUUCAAUUAA